AUGGGGUCAUCUUACAGGCACCGCUCUAGCCACACGGCGGACAUAAAAGGUAAGGGCAUCCUUUACGAGGAUGAUGAUGCGCCGAUCAAACUGACGGAUCAGGAUGAUACAUUAAUCGUCAAUGAGUUUAGCUUAUCACUUAUUGGAAAGAUUCUCAACCCUAAGAAACAAAAUGUCGAUAAGCUACUCCAGAAGAUGCCAUCACAAUGGGGCAUGGCAGAUCGCAUUACGGCCAAUGACUUGGGCAAUGGGAAGUUUCUUCUCAAUUUCACUUCGGAAGAGGAUCUCAGCUCUGUUCUUCGACAUGGUCCUUUUCAUUUCAACUUCUGCAUGUUUGUGUUGGUGAGGUGGGAACCCAUCGUUCACGAUGAUUACCUUGGAUCAUCCCUUUUAAAGUUCAAGUGA